CUGGCUAGAAUCAAAUGAUCGAAUACUAAUCCUCCAAUGUGAUGCAACUACUGCUAAUACUGAAAAUAUUAAACUUGCUAAAUGUGCUAUCGAACAAUUCCGAAAUGAAUCUAUAACAAAGAAAGAUCAAAUGGAGCCUAUGAAGCAUGCGUGUAUCAUUUUUCAUAUUCAUCGAGAUCAGGAAUCCACUUUCGAGUCUUUUAAUUUCGUGUGCGACUGGAAGAAAAUGACUAUUGAAACGUUAUCAGGAAAUGACAUUCCUAUUUUUGAUCUCUUAGAAGGAUCGUUAUCUUAUAUUAUUGAUUCUGCUUAUCCAUUCGAAGAAAUAUUUUUACAAGAACUGCCAUGGUGUUUAUCAUGCAUGAAUUAUCCAUCGAAUGGUAACUCAGCCAAUCAUAUAAAACUAAUAAGCGAAAAAAUACCAAAUUUCAUCAAAUGCCUGAAAGAUAAAACUCUUAAAUGGAUAGAAGAAAAUUCCACAAGUGAUUGGCAAUAUAAAAUCGCGUCAAAUAAGCGAGAAUUAUAUUCGUAUUCUUCAUUUUCUGCAGCAAUUCAAGCUCAUAUUAGAAAAUUCGUCAGGAAAACAAUAGCCAAAAUUUUAUGUGCUUUAGAAAGAUUAUCAGUAAUAAAAACAUUUUUCCAUAUUGAUGAACAAAAUAUAUUCAAAUGGAAAGUAUGAAAGAUUACUCAAGUUUUGGGAACAAAUUCAUAUGGAUAAGAGAAAUUAUCAAAAUUGAAGAUAUUCAAGAUGAUGGAUAUAAUAUGUCAGCAGGAUGUUUACUCGAUCUUGAAUUUCCCUUUUCAUUUUAUUUUAUUGACCAAAUUGAUAGCUUUAAAAGAUAUUAUGAAGAAGAACUACCAAAGGAUUAUGAUAGAAUUGAUAGCAAAGACCAUUUGAAAGAUUUCAAAUAUAA